AAAGGACAGGAUGAGGAUCUAAUUUUGCUGCUUUUAUUUUACAGAAAAGGAAAUCCUAAGAGCUUAAACUAAGCUGGCGAACUCCCAAGAGCUCUUAGACGAGAGAUUGCUCUUUUAAAAUGUUGCCCCGCCCAACCGUUAUUUUUUCCGACUUUUUUUGACUCGGGGAAUGAAACACAUCGGCAAAGCAGUAUCCUGUGUAAUUACCCACUCAGAAGCACUUCAAAGACUCUCCUGCAAAUCAGGUUUGAAUAUUUAACAAUUUUUAAGCUUUUUUUAAUACUUGAUUUAUUGAUUGCACGAUGAGCAAUAUCAUAACACGCACUGUCGUUUUGAAAUCAGUCUAGUCUACAGAAACUCAUACAUCUGAAAUGUAUGAUCCACAUUAUAGCCUAUAUUUUCACGGAAUUCAUAAUAUUAAUUUAUUGUAAGUCAUAUGUCAUUCAAAUACAUAAUACUUUGACCUCACGUUUCAUUCAUUUGGUUCUGUCAUAAUUAAACAGAAGUGGGAAAGACGGGGAUCCCAACAAUAAACUUUUUUUUCUAUUACCCCCGGACCGUGAAAAUGAACAAUUGAAUCAGAGGAGGAAAAUAAAUCAGCCUUUCAGUCCGUUUGGCCGCCUUGGAUAACAUUUGGCUCCUACCUGCGAGUGAAACACGCUAAAGUUUAACACUUGGUGAUCACUGGAAACUUUUCUUUAAAAGUCGGAAAAGAGGACAAAUGGCCGAUGAGUAGCGCGAUCAACAAUGAGGGAGGAAGAAAAAGCUGCGAGUUUUUUUUAAGGAGGUCUGCGGGCUGUUCCGCACGAUUUGAAAAUAAUCACCGUGUCAGUUUUACCUUUCUUAUGCAAACGAGGUGUCUUUGAAGGAGGGUCAUUUGGCAGGUUAGUCCAGGACGGUGGCGAAGACAGACUCAGAUCUGCAGCGCAACCGACAAGUCGUCUUGCGGAGUGUAACCGGGGACAAGUUAACGUUUCCCGAUGCAGUACAUCUAAGAAAGAUUUAAGAAACGGACGUGCAUAGAGGGAUGGAGAAAAAAUCGCUCAAGCAUCUAAAAGACUAAAAGCUUUGCGUGAGUUUUUUUUUAAUUUAUUUAUAAUUUUUUUUUUCGUAGGACCGCUUUCCAGCGUUCCGACUGUAUGACCAUAGCGGGAUUUUGGGGAGAGAUAAGUCUCCGUCCGUUUUUGCGUGCUGCUCUGGGACAGGCUCCGUUUUCCCCGCCGCUCCUCGGAGUCCGAUCUCCCAUGCACCAAAGCUACAGCCCGGGGAGCGGAUCGUCCGCCUAAUGAGAGAGACUUUUAUCGGAGCCUUCCCGGCGUCAGGCUCGGAUGUCCGAGCACAUCUCACUUCAUGGUCCCACAUGCCGCUGUGCUACAUGAGAGAAAGCUGACGGGAUGCCUUGCCCCUCCGCACCGAGAUCGCUAUGGCUCCUCACCUUGGUGAUUGCUGGCUGCACCGCCAUCAGCUCCAUGGACCCCGACCGCCCCAAUGACGGGCGGUGCCAGCCCAUCGAAAUCCCGCUGUGCAAGGACAUUGGCUACAACAUGACGCGGAUGCCUAACCUCAUGGGGCACAUGGACCAGGGUGAGGCAGCCAUAAAACUGCACGAGUUUGCGCCGCUGAUCGAGUACGGCUGCCACGGUCACCUGCGCUUCUUCCUGUGCUCGCUGUACGCGCCCAUGUGCACCGAGCAGGUGUCCACGCCCAUCCCCGCCUGCAAGGUGAUGUGCGAGCAGGCCCGGCUGCGCUGCUCACCCAUCAUGGAGCAGUUCAGCUUCCGCUGGCCCGACUCGCUCGAUUGUUCCCGGCUGCCCAGCAAGAACGACCCCAACAACCUAUGCAUGGAGGCCCCCAGCAAUGGCUCCGACGAGUCCCCCAAGGGCCCUCACACUCAGGCCCCGGACUUCCGGCUCCACCGGCCCAACGGCGGCCAGGAGCUGCAGCUAAAGGAUGGCGGGGGUGGAGCUGGCACUGGUAGCAGUGGUCGCCGGACAUGCAGCAACCCAGACAAGUUCCACUACGUGCAGAAGAGCGAGUCAUGUGCGCCUCGUUGCUACCCCCAGGUGGAUGUGUACUGGAGCCAGGCGGACAAACGCUUCUCCCUCGUCUGGAUGUCUGUCUGGUCCAUCCUCUGCUUCGUGUCCAGUUCUUUCACGGUCCUCACCUUCCUGGUUGACCCCCAGCGCUUCCGCUACCCCGAGAGGCCAAUCAUCUUCCUGUCCAUGUCCUACUGUGUUUACUCCAUGGGUUACCUCAUCCGCCUGUUCGUGGGGGCGCACAACAUCGCCUGUGACCGUGACAGCGGCGUCCAGUACAUCAUCCAGGAGGGCCUGGAGAGCACAGGUUGCACCAUCGUCUUCCUCAUCCUCUACUACUUCGGCAUGGCCAGCUCGCUAUGGUGGGUGGUCCUCACACUCACCUGGUUCCUGGCUGCAGGGAAGAAGUGGGGUCACGAGGCCAUUGAGGCCAACAGUAGCUAUUUCCACCUGGCAGCCUGGGCCAUACCGGCCGUGAAGACCAUCAUGAUCCUAGUGAUGAGGAAGGUGGCUGGCGACGAGCUCACAGGGGUCUGCUACGUGGGCAGCAUGGAUGUGAAGGCCCUCACAGGCUUUGUGCUCAUCCCUCUGUCAUGCUAUUUAGUCAUCGGCACGUCCUUCCUGCUUUCUGGUUUCGUGGCCCUCUUCCAUAUCCGCAGGGUCAUGAAGACAGAGGGCGAGAACACGGACAAGCUGGAAAAGCUCAUGGUGCGCAUUGGCGUCUUCUCUGUGCUCUACACCGUACCGGCCACCUGCGUCAUUGCCUGCUACUUCUACGAGAGGCUCAACAUGAGCUACUGGGAGAUCAAGGCCCGCGAGCAGAAGUGCGUGGAGGACGGAGGCUUGGAACCCGAGUCCUGCAUCAUGAAGAGCUCCAUCCCAGCCAUGGAGAUCUUCAUGGUGAAGAUAUUCAUGCUGUUGGUGGUGGGCAUCACCAGCGGCAUGUGGAUCUGGACCUCCAAAACCCUGCAGUCCUGGCAGAAUGUCUUCAGCAGGAAGUUGAAGAAGCGUGCCAGGAGAAAGCCAGCCAGUGUGUUUACCGGUGGCAGUGGCGGGGCCUACAUCAAACCUCACCCCCCCGUAAAAAGCCACAGCACCAAGUAUGAGCUUGCAGGAUCCCCUCCGACCUGCGUCUGAGGGACCUGCAUGCUCCCCUGACUCAAAUCCCAAACUCUUGUGUUUACUUUUCCCUCUCUCCUACGAACACUUAACACCAACCAGACUCAUGAGCCGCAUCGACAGCGGACAGGAAAUGUUAAAGGUUUAUAUUUAUUUUUUUAUGCAAGCUUAAUUGACAAAGAAAAUGCAAUGUGUUCACAUAACACUCUUUUUUUCCCCAUUUCAAUUUAUGUCAAGCACUGAUAUCAGCGCUGAAAACGGUACUUGACGGAGUGAAAAAAAACACUACAGUGGGGGGGGGGGGAAGUUUCGAGACGAGGAUGACGGGGUGAACAGCUUCUGUGCGCCACUGGGUUGCUAAAUGACGUGCAAUAGAUGUUUUCCUUAGUUACAUAAAAAAACGAGACACGAGUACUGUAGAGGCAGAUAAAAAAGACAAUGAGAGUAUCCCACAAACUGUGCGGGGGAAUGGCCCCGUGAGACCGGACGCCUUUUAGUGACGCGUCCCUUGGCUUUUUAAUGGAAAUUAAGUCAGUGUCAUACAUGCUGGGACUCAUUCUUAGAAAGAGCCUGCAGUUGAAAAGGACCCGAAAGUGUAUGGACGACCCGUGGGGAAGAAAAGAAUCUCUGGCCAUCCAUAAAUCAACAAGCACUAUAUAUAUGGCAAAACGUAUUUGUACGGCCAGUUCCUCUGCUUUUGUAUUUUAUUUUUUCCCUGUGCCUUUUGUAGCACAAUGAAACAUUUGUAUAUAUUUCUAAAGCAAAAGUUCAUUAUUUUAUAAAGAAAAUAAAUAAAACAUUCUAGUUUUAAA